AGUUGUGUGGACGGGGGGUGGGGGGACUGGCCGCGAGCCGUCACUCCCCUGCCUACUUUUAAUAGCUUUGUCAUGUGACAGCAAGCGGUUGUAAGACAGGUGCCUUCGGUUCAUGCUCAGUUAGGGGGGUAGUUCCCUGAGCGAGAACUAGCGGAGAAAUAGUGGAUUUCUUUUUAGUUCCGGUAAAUAUAUAUAUAUUUUUUUCUCCAUAUCGUCAUUCAGUGCCUGGAUGGCGUGGGACAGGUGCACGCAGGACUCUUUGUGGAGAGAAUUUGAGUGUGCUGCCUUGGUGGGUGAAGACCAGCCCCUCUGCCCGGAUCUCCCGGAGCUGGACCUCUCCGAGCUCGAUGUCAGUGACCUGGAUGCCGACAGUUUUCUGGGCGGGCUCAAGUGGUACAGCGACCAAUCGGAAAUCAUCACCAGUCAGUAUGGCAACGAGACGUCAAACCUGUUCGAGAAGAUUGACGAGGAGAGCGAGGCCAACCUGCUGGCGGUGCUGACGGAGACGCUGGACAGCAUCCCGGUGGACGAGGACGGCCUGCCCUCCUUCGAAGCCCUGACUGAGGGAGGCGUGGCCAACGGCGGCGAAAGGACCUGCCCCUCCCCCGCCACCACGCCCACCUGCCCCGCCCAGACGCCGGAGUCCGAGGAGCCGUCCCUGCUGAAGAAACUCCUGCUUGCUCCCGCCAACGCGCAGCUGAGCUACAGCGCGCGCGCGGGCGGCGCGGCGCAGAACCAUGCAGCUGCCAACCAGCGGAGCAGACCGCCGUCCGCCGCCCUCGCCAAGCUGGAGAGCCCCUGGAACAGCCGGCAGAGGGGGGGUCCCUGUGCGCAGCAGAGCCGGGGGUCCCGGAGGCCCUGCGUGGAGCUGCUCAAACACCUCACCUCCGGCGGGGACACGCCCCACCACACCAAAGCACAGAGGAGCUGCACGGACACGGGCGGGGCCGCCUCCUCUUCGCCCCCCUCCUCAUCCUCGCCGUCAUCGUCCUCCUCGUCCGCCUCCUCGUACUCCUCUCUGUCCUGCACCUCCUCCUCUUCCUUGUCCUUCAAUUCUGCUGCCUCGUCCUCCUCCAAGAAGAAGACAUCGACGUCGCCGCAGCAGCAGCAGCAUCAGCAUCACCAGCGAGCCAAACCAACCACCUUGCCACUUCCUUUGACCCCAGAGUCUUCAAAUGACCACAAGGAGUCACCGUUUGAGAACAAAACCAUUGAGCGUGCACUGAGCGUGGAGCUGUCCGGAACUCCAGGUCUGACUCCGCCCACCACACCUCCUCACAAAGCCAGCCAAGAGAGUCCUUUCAAAGCUACGAUCAAAACCAAAGCGUCCUCCCCUCCGGCCUAUCAGAGAGCCGGCUCCCCGUCCCCGGCCAAUCAGAGGGCCGGCACUGCUGACCCCGCCCCCUGCCUGCUGCCGGCGGGCGGGAUGAGGAGAGACCCCCAGCAGAGCGAGCUGUAUGCCCAGCUCAGCCGGGCGUCGGCCCCGCCCCCCCAACGGGGUCCGGAGGACCGCAGGGGGAAGCGGCCAAUCCAGCGCCUGUACGGUGACCAUGACUACUGCCAGGCCUCCGCAGCGGCCAAGCGGGAGCCCCCCGCGGAGCCUUCCUCCUCCUCCUCCUCCUCCUCCUCCUCUUCCUCGGCCUGGCAGCGGGCGGACAGGGAGAGGAAGGGGGGCGAGGGCCCGCCCCGUCCCGCCAGACCCCCGCCCCCCUCCGGAAACCCGUCCGGCCCCCGGAAGCUCCUGCGAGACCAGGAGAUCCGGGCGGAGCUCACCCGGCACUUCGGCCUCCCCAGCCAGGCCCUCUGCGGCGGGGAGGAGGGGGCGGCGCAGGGCACAGCGCCCCCUGUGGCGCGGGAGGACUGGCGCACGGGGGAGGACUGCCCCAGCGGGCUGCCGGGGGGGUGCCUGACCCCCGGCCUGGUCCUGGACGGAGUUUUGGAGGACAGCGAGGAGGAGAUGGAGCGCUUCCUCUUCCCCUGGGAGGCGUCGCACCCCGACCUGCUGCUGGAGGGCUCCUCCCCGUCCUGCUCCCCGUCCAGCUGCUCCCCCUCGCGGGGCUCCGUCUCCCCGCCCAAAUCUCGCCUGUCCCCCCAGCGCCUGCGCUGGUCCAGGCCCAGGCCCAGGUCCCGGUCCCGGUCUCGAUCACGGUCCCGCUCCAGAACCGGGACCCACCGCCAUUCUCCCCGACGCUCCUACUCCCGCUCACCCAGCUCACGGCUGCGCUCCCGGUCUCCAUGCCAACGCUCAUCCUCACGGACCCGUUGCCAUGGAGACUCCAGCACUUCCAGGACCAGGGCCCAGAGAAACCCGAACGCUCGGCCCCGGUCCCAGUCCCGCUCCCCCUCCACCCGCCGGCCCAGGUAUGACAGCUAUGAGGAGUACCAGCAGGAGUGCAUGCAGAGGGAGGUGUACCGCCGGGACUACGAGAAGAGGGAGUAUGAGAGAGCCGAGCAGCGGGAGAGACAGCGGCACAAAGCCAUAGAUGAGAGACGGGUGGUGUACAUCGGGCGGCUGAGCUCUGACAUCACCCGAUCGGAGCUGAAGCGCCGCUUUGAGGUCUUCGGAGAAAUCGAGGAGUGCACCGUCAACCUGAGAGACGACGGGGAUAACUUCGGCUUCAUCACCUACCGCUACACCUGUGACGCCAUGGCGGCCCUGGAGAACGGACACACCCUGCGCCGCGCCAAGGAGCCCAGGUUCGAGAUGUGCUUCGGUGGACGCAAACAGUUCUGCAGAUCGACUUACACAGACUUGGACUCACACACGGACGACUUCGACCCGGCCUCCAUAAAGAGCAAGUACGACUCCCUGGAUUUCGACAGCCUGCUGAGGGAGGCGCAGAGGAGGUAACGGGCCGACCCGACACCUCCUCCUCCUCCUCCUCCUCCUCUGGCCCCGCCCCCGCGGGAGACGCACCACCGCUCCUCCACCACGCCCCCCCUCCC